GUCUUUUGGAGCAUUCUGGAGCAUAUGGGACAUGAGGAGCAUGGAGGGACUUGGCACAUGGAAGCAGCUCAACUGGACACGCAAAGGAAGAAGGGAGAAGCCAUCUUGAAGACCAGCUCGACCGUCCACUCGACCAACCGGUCGAGUUCCUCAACUCGACCGGCCAAGCUUCAACUCGAUCGAGCUGGGGAGUCAAAGUCAAACCCGAAAAAUGUUGCUUCCCCCUUGACUUUCCUUUGA